AUGAGCUCAAAGAAAGUUUGUCAUUUCGACGAAAAUUUAUUGCAAUCAAUAAGGAGUAAGCGAAUGACAUCAACACUUAGUCAUCCUGCAUUGACACAGUACGAUUGCACGAUGUUUGAAGAGUUCAUUAUUUUUGGAAAUCCAUUAGAUCCGGCACAAUUAAAUUCUACAGGCGGAGGAUCAUCAUCAAGGGGAGGUGAUUACAAUCCUCGGAUUAUUUUGAAAUUUCCUUCAACAGGAAUUCAAAGAACUCCACAAGAAUACGAGCAAAUAUGCCAAUUCUGUUUCCCGAACGGACUAAAAUAUGCAACAAGUUCGAAAUCACGCGGUUUCAUUCAAUCAGCAUUUCCAUUUUUCUUAAAUAACAGUUCUCAAACGAUAUACGGCUUUUGCGUUGUAUUUAUUCCUCCAAAAUCUCAUAUUCCAUUUUUUGCAUCAAAAUUUUCGACUACUUUUCCAUUUGCUUUUUGUAUUUUAUCAAAAGCAAAAUUAAUUUCGCCAAUGGCUGAAUUUGUCACUUUUUUAGCUAAUUAUUCAUGUGCAAAAGAACGAGCAUAUGAAUUACCAGGAUACCAUUCGUUAACUCCUACUUCUCAUGGCACUUGUCCAGAACCAUUGCGAUUAUCAGAAGAAUUUCCACAGAUAGCGAUCUUAGAAGGCAUCAAAAUACCAAAAUUCUUCCAUACUCUCCUAGAUUACUACUAUUCUAUUGAUUGCUUCAACGUUCCUCCGAUAAAAUUAUCCAAAAACUUUACAUUACAAUGGCCAUCCCCGCAAAGUGAAGAUCAAUGCUUAGCUUAUCCUACUCUUCCAUGUCUGCUUACUCAUUUAUCAACAGUUAACAUUGUAAAGUUAUAUACAGCUUUAUUACUCGAUUACCACAUAUUAAUCUACUCCAAAUACCCCGAAAGAUACUCAAACUGCGUUAUUGCAGCUUCAAUGCUCGUAAAACCCUUCAUGUCGAUAACUACGAUUAUGCCCGUACUUCCUCUUAGUUUUAAUGAAGUUUUGGGUACUCCGACACCAUUUAUAUAUGGUAUGGGCCAGAAAUUCGACGUAGAUGUUAUCGUUGACGUUGACAAAAACGAAAUUAUUUCGCAAGAACUUCCAGUUUUACCAGGAACAGAAGAUAUUGCUCGCAAGCUUAAUCUAGUCAUAGAAGCAGCAUCUACAGGUGAAACAUCACCUUUAGUGUUGUCAACAGCGAUGUCUAAAUUAGAUCCACCAAAAUACAACGCUAGUCCAUUCUUAGUUGACUCUAUUUUGUCUAUUUUCACUAACCAUCUACCUCCUCGUCUUUCAUCCGAACUUCAGCCUUUCUUUGUCACAGACAAAUCAGAAGAGAAUCCAGUUACAGUUUUGAACACCGAUCUUUUCUUGAGCAGCUGCAAAUCAAUCGAACGACCUUUCUACGAAUCAUUCUCUCACACACUUGCAUUUGAAGAGUUUCUCAACAAAGUUACGGAGAACUACCAACGAAUGCAAGAAGAGCGCCACGAAGGAAGACUUUUCUUCUCUGACUGUUCCUUAUAA